CAAGAACGCUGAGGGAGCUCACGGCUCCGAAUCUAAAUCAACAACCCUUAUGUAUCACUUUUCCAACUCUUGAUACAAGGGUCACAUUCGAGCUAAAAUCUGGGCUCAUUCAUCUACUUCCCUCUUUCCAUGGCCUACGAGGGGAAGAUCCAAACAAACACUUGUCGGAAUUCCAUAUUGUGUGCACAAGCAUGUGCCCUAAUGGCGUGUCCGAGGAGCAAAUCAAGCUGAGAGCCUUCCCAUUCUCUCUCAAAGACAUCGCCAAAGAUUGGUUAUUUUAUCUUCCCUCGGGGAGCAUCAAUACAUGGGCUCAAAUGAAAAAGAGCUUCCUUGACAGGUACUAUCCCGCAUCUAUCUCUUCAAGUCUCAAGAAGAAAAUCAGCAACAUUGAGCAAGCGGAUAAUGAGACCUUAUAUGAAUAUUGGGAGCGCUUUAAAAAAUUAUGUGCUAGUUGCCCAUAUCAUGGAUAUUCAGAACAAGAUCUCAUCCUCUACUUCUAUGAUGGACUUGUUGAUCAAGAUAGACGCAUGGUGAAUGCGGCAUGCGGAGGGGGUAUUGUUAACAAAACCCCUUCUCAAGCAAGAGACCUCAUUUCGGAGUUGGCCGAAAACUCGAGACAUUACAACGGAAGGUCAUCAUCGAAACGAGUCAUGGCAGCGGAAUCCAACAACUCGUUGGAGAGUCAAGUAGCCGGCUUGACUUCUUUGGUUAAAGAUUUCCUUUUAAAUCCAAAAACCCAAGAAGUCAAGGUCUGCGGCAUCUGUUCAACGCAAGGGCAUCCCACAGAUUCUUGCCCAACGCUACAAGAAGAGAACUCCGAGCAAGUCAAUGCUUUGGGGUUCCAAGGUCAAAGGAGGUACGAUCCUCAAGGCAAUACCUACAACCCGGGAUGGAGGGAUCAUCCGAAUUUAAGGUACGGAAAUUCUCAAACAAAUCCUCCUCCUCAACAAUACAAACCACAAGGCCAAACAUCGAACUCGAGUAUGUCCACCGAAGACAUGAUUCGAGCGCUGUCCGUUAAUAUGGGAACAAUGCAGCAAAGCAUGGGGCAAUUCCAACAUGAAACCAAGUCGAGCAUUCAAAAUUUGGAAACUCAAGUUAGCCAAAUUUCAAAUGCCGUAAGUCGACUUGAAGCAAAAGAUUCGGGUAGGCUCCCCUCCCAAACUGAGCAAAACCCGAGACAACAUGUCAAUGCAAUCAUGUUGAGGAACGGUAAAGAAUUGCAACCACAGGAAGUUGAGGAGGAGAAGCAAGAGGUUGAUCUUGAAGAAGGCUUUCAACAAGAAGAGGAGAAGCCAACGAAGACUAAAUUCCCUCCACGAUUAUCAUAUGAACCACUCCCUCCAUUCCCUGAGGCAUUGAAAGACACAAGGAAGCUGAAGAAUGAUCGGGACAUCUACGAAACAUUCGUCAAUUCUGAGGUAAACAUCCCACUCUUCAAACUGAUCAAAAGUGUUCCCCGUUAUGCAAAGUUCUUAAAGGAACUAUGCACAAUGAAAAAGAAAAAUAAAUGAUGGAUAGUGUACCCGAGGGGUAGCUUGUCCAAGGGGUUAUUGCGGAGAAUAACUAGAGAGAAGUCAGAGCAAAUAAGUAAGAGAGAGAGUGUAUAUUCGAUAUGUAUUCAGCGUGGUUUACAAUGGGGGAAAGGGGUGCUAUUUAUAGUAGUAAUAAAUGCUAGAUAAGGACACGUGUCAGUUUUCUGGUGGUCGAGGGGUCACCUCGACCGGGGUGGCACUGGCACUCGCAUGUGGCCGCAUUAAAUGCGGUGGUUGGAUGUGACGUUUGUACUUGGUACGGUGAUCUAGGCGCAUGUGAAGAGGAUAUUAUGUCGAGGUGGAUGCCUUCGGUUGAAGGGUGCUGAGCCGAAGGCUCUUCUAAUCGAGGGCUCCUACCUGUCGAGGGCUGUAGGUGCCGAAGGCUUGGUUUUCAAGCCUUGUUCUCCUGUGAUGCCUCUUCUAACCGAGGGCUCCUACCUGCCGAGGGCUGCAGGUGCCGAAGGCUUGGUUUUCAAGCCUUGAUCUCUUGUGAUGCCUCUUCUAACCGAGGGCUCCUACCUGCCGAGGGCUGCAGUUGCCGAAGGCUUGGUUUUCAAGCCUUGAUCUCUUGUGAUGUUUCUGAGCUCGAUUCCGUCACUGGUAGCCUUCGGCCAUGGGGCCGAAGGCACCCCUUUGCGUAUUGUGGGCUGCUUAGAGCUCCAUUUUUCUGGGCUCGGCCCGUUUGGGCCUGUUGGGCCUGAUUGUAGUGGAGGAAGUAUGUGGGCCGGGGGUCCCUGGGCCAUAUACUCCAUCAAUAAACUGGAAGGGAAACAAAAAGUUGAAGUAAGUGAACGUGUCUCGGCCAUUUUUAAAAAGAAACUUCCCGAGAAAUGUAGCGAUCCAGGCAUGUUCACUAUUCCUUGCAAAAUAGGGGAUACCUUAUUUUCUAAGGUCUUGUUGGAUUUAGGAGCGUCAAUAAAUGUCAUUCCUUAUUCAUUAUAUAAAUCCUUACAACUCGGCCCACUACAUCAAACUGGUGUAGUGAUUCAACUAGCGGAUCGGUCUAAUACUUACCCGAAGGGUGUAGUAGAAGAUGUGCUAGUAGAAGUAGAAAAUUUGAUGUUCCCUGUUGAUUUUUAUGUUCUGGAAAUGGGAGAUGAUAACCAAACUACACCCAUCCUCUUGGGUAGGCCCUUUCUGAAAACCGCAAAAACAAAAAUAGAUGUGGCUAAUGGUUCAUUAACUUUAGAGUUUGAUGAUCAAAAGGUAGAAUUCAACAUUUUUGAUUCUACGAAAAAACAAAUUAAAGACCAAUCUCUUUGUUCUCUAAAAGUUUGUGAACCACAAACCCCGAAUAUUUUUGUUGAGAAAAAAUAUGAGAAAAUCAAACUUUUUGAAAAAGAAGAAUUUUUCAAAUUUUCAAAAGGAAAAUGGAUCCCACCUGGGAUUAAAGUGAUACCAGAGAAGAAAUCCCGGCCUUACUGGAGAAGACCGAAAAAGAAAAAUGAAACAAGGGACGUUCGUGAUCCCACAUAAAAGAAAUAUAUAUAUAUAACGUCGUGCCGCGACAUAAAAUCAAGCGCUUCUUGGGAGGCAACCCAAGUUUUUAUUUUCAAUUUCAUUUUUUUUUCAGUUCGUGUGUUAUAAUUUUUUCAAAAAAAAAAAAUUAAAAUGAGCCUGGGCUGAAACCCGGCCGGGUAUCUCAAACAGCCCGGUCGGGUUUAUUAAUAAAAAAGGAACACCCGGGCAACACGGCCACCGGGUUGCUAACAAAAAAAAAACAUAUGCCCGACCGGGGGCUUCCAAAACCCGACCGGGCUGCGCAUUUUUUUUGGCUCCGAACACACUGGAAUGCAUACCCAAUCGGGUAUUUCUGAAACUCGGGCGGGUACGAAUUUCUUUUUUAAAAAAUCAGAAAGACCCGACCGGGUACCCUAAAGCACUCGACCGGGUACUCAUUCCAGUAGCUACUGGAUAACAAAACACCGCACAGCCCGACCGGGCGGAAGACUUCACCCGACCGGGUAAACGGGAAAUUCCACUUAACCAGGUCGGGCUCACCCCCUUCCCCUCCCACUUCUUCUUCCUCCCAACAACAAAAUUCCCAAAAUCCACCAUUUUCAAACACCCAAACCUUCGAAUCUCCCCAUUUCCUUAACCAAAUCCACUAAAAACCCCCAUUUUCUUCAUCUCCUCACUUCCCUCUCCAUCUCUAUACCCAUAAAAUCCCCCAAAACCUUCCCAAUCAACCAAACCCAAAAACCCUACCCAAAAUUCGAAAAUCCCCAUUCUUGGACAUUCAAGGUCCGAAAUCUCCCCAAAAAUCCUCAACCAAUACCAUAUUCUUACUCUCCUCACCAUCCUCUUCAACCCCAUACUCAUAAAAGCCAUCCAAAUCCCACCCUACCCCAAAAUCCGAAAAUCACAAAAAAAAAAUCUAAAAAAAAAAAUUUGAACUUCAAUGGCUCCAAGAAAGUCAAAAGCCUCUUCCUCAAGGGGAAAUCGAGCUAUCCCACCGGUAGUGGGCUAUGAGAGCGUGGAGUUUGCUACGGAGGCUCAACGGAACAACUUCAUCAACCAAGCAAAAAAGGGAGGUAAAACAAUCCCGUUUUAUGUGCUUAACUACUUUAGCACUACUAUGGAUUGAUACUGUGAUGCGUGACAUAUUUGCAAGAAUUGGAAUAUCUAGAAUGUUUGAAAUGCAAUAUGUGACAUAUCCUCAUUUGGUGUAUGAAUUUUUUAGCUCAUUUGCGUAUACAAAAGAUGUGAAUGAUCAUGCAAAUGACAUAAUCACCUUUCGUUUACUAAAUGAGGAUCGUUCAUUAACCAAACGAGAAUUUGUUCAACAUUUUGGUCUCCCAUGGUUUGAUGAAGCACGUACAUAUGAUUCUCUUGUGGGGUAUGAAUUGUGGAGAAGAAUGACCGGAAAGAAUGUGGUUGAUCUAUCUAAACUGAGUGUGAAUCGUGUGCAACAUCCGGUCUUCCGACUAUUCUUAAAAUUUUGCUCAAAUUGUUUCCUCGAAAGACUGAAUAAUCAUCACACACGUAUCUGGGAUGUGUGUGUUCUAGCACAAGCUGUUUUGCCGGGUCCAAAUCAAGUUGAUGUUGCCACCAUCUUAUGGACUCAUUUCAACAACGUGGCAACAUCAACAGGACCAAUUGCUAUGGGGGGCCUCAUCACACAUCUAGCCACUUUAUAUGGUUUUAUAGACCCCGACCCCAUCACCUCAAGACACCUUAUUUGUACUGAAUGGCUUUUACAAAAGAUGCUAGACUUGGUCCCCUCGCACACAACACCAACUGGGGCACACAUCUAUAAUUGGCGCAUUCUCCCACGCACUUCCAUCUACCUCCAGAUACCCUCAGCCGACGUCCCCCUGGAUAUCAUCAAUCACCAAAUCGGGGAUGGUCAUCACUAUUGUCUUCCCGGGGCAAUCCCGGAUCAUUAUGAAGAACCCAUCCAAGAUGAAGAUGAUGAAGAACCCCCAAUCAUACCCGAACAACCACAACCUCAAGCAUUCCACUACACACCUUUCGAGCAACAAAUGCUCGAUAACAUGGUCACGCUCAACCAGAGCAUUGUGAGGAUGGAGGAGCAGCGGCAAGCAGACUGGCGUAGGUAUGAGGAAGACAGGCGGAGAUCUGAGGAGGAUCAGCGUAGAACCUUUGGUCCGAUAUACUCAUAUAUAGCACACCAGGGCUCCUUUUCCUCUAUGACCACUCCACCUCCUGCACCAUCAUGGUAUGACCCCUCUCAGUGGGGUUUCUUUGGAGGAUCGAGCUCCGGUGGUGGAGGCUACGAUGGUGGUUAUGGCGGGGAUCACAUGGAUGAGGACGGACACCAAGGUGGAGGUCUAGGCGGACACUAGGGACAGUGUCAGAUCCUAAGUGUGGGGGUGCAGAGAUCUUCCCGGAUCCUGAGGGCGAUUACUAUAGAGAGUUCGGAUUGAAAUUGAAGACUCAUCUUUACUCUUUUUGUUUUGGAGAUACUUUAUGUAUUUGUUAUAAACACUUGUGAAUGUUGGUGCUGCUACUCUUGUCAUUUAGGACUUCUUGGAUUUGAUUUGAUUUACUCGAGACGAGUAAAGGUUUAAGUGUGGGGGUAUUUGAUGCACACUAAUUAGUAGUGCAUAAUUACAUGUUUUUAUGUUUGAUUUAUGUUAAUUGUUUGCCGUUUUAUUUAGUUUGUAAACAUUUAUGUGAUUUCAGUUGUAAUUGUAUCUUGGUCUUUAUUUGUCAGUUGUAAAGUUUAGUUAGGAUUUGUGGUUUUGGAAAGGGAGACUUUGAAGUAAAGAAAAAGAAGAUUUGACUGCCGAGGAGCAAAUACCCGACCGGGUAUAAUACUUGACCCGGUCGGGUAAGAAAUGAAAAACGAAUAUACCUUGGUCUUUAUAAUUCUUGUUUCCAGGGCCAUGGGAACUUGGG